AUGGCCAAAUCGGAGAGGGACGAGGUGCUCGACGAGCUGGCUUCGAGGGUGUUCUCGACUAUGCUGGAUGAUCUUAUCCUGGAUGCAGCGCUGCAGUCGCAUCAGGAGGUGGCGCGCAAUAGGGCCGUUUGCGAUGUAUGUCAUACCAGGUGUGGCCUAGCACAUAACGCAGGACCCUCAACUCUGGCCAUGAACGGCCGCUCGAGAGCCGGGACGCCGAGUCUGGAGGGUGGAGGGAGGAUGGGGACGCCCACGCCUGGGAGCAGCACGCCCAAGUCGGACGGGAAUAUGUUGUUGGAUUGUGUGGUUUGUGGGAGACAGGUCGCUUCGGCGAGGUAUGCACCACAUUUGAGUGGAUGUAUGGGUAUGAAUGGGACGCGGAGGGGGUCGUCGAGGAAUGUGACUUCGAAACCGAAAUUGCCUUCAGAGUCUGGCAGGUCGGCAUCUCCAUAUCUUGACGGCGACUUUGAAGGGGAGGAUAUACCAUUGGCGAUGAGUAAGGCUAAAGCGCCGUCGAAGAGCAAGCAGAAAGACGACGCUCCCUUCUCAACGAAGCGUAAGCAGACCGGCUCACCAUCGCCACCAAAGAAAUCAAAGAAAGCAAAGACUGGAGCGUCUCCUCUAACCCGUGUCGCCACCAUCCCAGAUAUCCCGGGCAAUCCUACCAACCACUUCCUCUCCAUCCCCUCCAACUCGCAAUCCAAGGUCCCCUCCCGACUCCGAGAAUCUUCCACAGCUUUUCUCGACCGUGACCGCUCGUCAUCGCCCGAAUCCGCGUCCUCGCCAGGCACUUUACCUAUCAGUGCGGCCACACCCUCGUCCGUGCAUUCUAUACAGACGAACGGGACGAAGAAGGGUGGGGGAGGAGCAGCUGUACCCAGUGGGUUCGGUAGAGGAGCAGGUGUGGGGGCGGGGAGAGCGAAGGUGCAGCCGAGGAUGCCUAGUCCCCCGAGGCCGCCUGUGACGGUUGUGAGGAAGCCGGACACGGAUUAUCUCGUUGAUGUUGAGGGUGACGAGACCGGCUCCUCGACCGAUAGCUCUAGCGAUUGA